UUUUUGAUCCAUUCAAAAAUUACUCAUUGCAAAUUCCCGGACUGCUAGGAGAGGAGAAGGAAGGGGGCGGAGGAGCGGAGCUGCUGCAGGCGCCGCGCUGAAGGCACCCAAGGGCCCGAGUAGCUGACUGCUGGCCGGGCCGAAGCCGCUCGCGGGCUGUUCUGGCUCCCGUGGCCUCACCAGGAAGCGUCAGAAUCUCAACACCCGGGAAGCUCCGAGCGCCGCCUCCGCCGCCGCCGCCGCUUCCCGCCCGGCUCUCGGCCCCCGGCUCCCUGCCCUACCCCAGCCCGGCUCCCUCCUCCCUCCGGGACGAUCCGGCUCGGGCUCCUUCCUUGGCAAUGGCUGGCCGCUGAGCCAUGGCUCAGUACGGCCACCCUAGCCCGCUCGGCAUGGCUGCGAGAGAAGAGCUGUACAGCAAAGUCACCCCGCGCAGGAACCGCCAGCAGCGCCCCGGCACCAUCAAGCAUGGAUCCGCGCUGGACGUGCUCCUGUCCAUGGGCUUCCCCAGAGCCCGCGCACAAAAAGCCUUGGCAUCCACAGGAGGAAGAAGUGUUCAGGCAGCAUGUGACUGGUUAUUCUCCCAUGUGGGCGACCCCUUCCUGGAUGACCCCCUGCCCCGGGAGUACGUGCUCUACCUCCGUCCCACUGGCCCCUUAGCACAGAAGCUCUCUGACUUUUGGCAACAGUCGAAGCAGAUCUGCGGGAAGAAUAAGGCACACAACAUCUUCCCCCACAUCACCCUCUGUCAAUUCUUUAUGUGUGAGGACAGCAAGGUGGAUGCUCUAGGGGAAGCCCUGCAGACCACUGUCAGUCGCUGGAAAUGUAAAUUCUCAGCUCCCCUGCCCCUGGAGCUCUAUACCUCCUCCAACUUUAUCGGCCUCUUCGUAAAGGAAGACAGCGCAGAGGUCCUCAAGAAGUUUGCUGCCGACUUUGCUGCAGAGGCUGCAUCUAAAACUGAAGUACAUGUGGAACCUCAUAAGAAGCAGCUGCAUGUGACCCUGGCUUACCACUUCCAAGCUAGCCAUCUACCAACCCUAGAGAAACUAGCUCAGAGUAUUGAUGUCAAACUAGGGUGUGACUGGGUGGCUACCAUAUUCUCUCGGGAUAUCCGAUUUGCUAACCAUGAGACAUUACAGGUGAUCUACCCCUACACCCCACAGAAUGACGAUGAGCUGGAGCUGGUCCCUGGGGACUUCAUCUUCAUGUCUCCCAUGGAACAGACCAGCACCAGUGAGGGCUGGAUCUACGGCACCUCCUUAACCACCGGCUGUUCUGGACUACUGCCUGAGAAUUACAUCACCAAGGCUGAUGAAUGUAGCACCUGGAUAUUUCAUGGUUCUUGCUCGAUCUUAAAUACAUCAUCUUCCAAUGCUCUCUCAUUUGGUGAUGGCAUGUUGGAGAGGCGCUCAUAUGAGGACCAGGGCCUGGGGGAGAUGACUCCCCUGACUAUCAUCUGCCAGCCCACACAGCCUCUGAGAGUCAACAGCCAGCCUGGGCCUCAAAAGAGAUGCCUCUUUGUGUGUCGGCAUGGUGAGAGGAUGGAUGUCGUGUUUGGGAAGUACUGGCUAUCCCAGUGCUUUGAUGCCAAAGGCCGCUAUAUACGCACCAACUUGAACAUGCCUCAUAGCUUACCUCAGAGAAGUGGUGGUUUCCGGGAUUACGAGAAAGAUGCUCCUAUCACUGUGUUUGGAUGCAUGCAAGCAAGACUAGUGGGGGAAGCCUUAUUAGAGAGUAACACCAUUAUUGAUCACAUCUAUUGCUCCCCAUCCUUGCGCUGUGUUCAGACUGCAUACAACAUCUUGAAAGGUUUACAACAAGAAAAUCACUUGAAGAUUCGUGUAGAGCCUGGCUUAUUUGAGUGGACAAAAUGGGUUGCUGGGAACACAUUACCUGCGUGGAUACCUCCAUCAGAGUUAGCUGCAGCCAACCUGAGUGUUGAUACAACCUACAGACCUCACAUUCCAGUAAGCAAAUUAGUGGUUUCAGAAUCCUAUGACACUUAUAUCAGUAGAAGUUUCCAAGUAACAAAAGAAAUAAUAAGUGAAUGUAAAAGUAAAGGAAAUAACAUCCUGAUUGUGGCCCAUGCAUCCUCCCUUGAAGCAUGUACCUGCCAACUUCAGGGCCUGUCACCUCAGAACUCCAAGGACUUUGUACAAAUGGUCCGAAAGAUUCCAUACUUGGGAUUUUGUUCCUGUGAAGAAUUGGGAGAAACUGGAAUAUGGCAGCUGACAGAUCCACCUAUCCUUCCUCUUACCCAUGGACCAACUGGGGGAUUCAAUUGGAGAGAGACCUUGCUACAAGAAUAAACCACACCAGUGAACGAAAAGAUAAGGCUUUAGAAAGCCUUUGGGAGAAGUGUCAUUUUUUGUGUUUAGUAACGAUGAAAAAUUUGCACCAUAUUCUAAGUGGACAGCUCAGAAUAAUUUAGCAUAUUUCCUUUCAUGCUUUAAAAUUCUUGUGAUGAGACUGUGUGAAUAAGAGAAAGACUUGAUUCAGGGAUAAAAUCCAUUCUCUCUGGACUCUUUUGAAAAUUGUCUUCCUAACUUGAGACACCACUACGGCAGAGGAUGUAUUCUUCCUUCCAUCUAUGCAUAGUCAACCACCCUGAGUACUCCCAAAGGGAGCUGCCAGCCUAUCCAGAGGAAGGAUGCAGGAGGAAGGACAUGUCCAGAAUCCAGCUGGAGUGACACUGAGCUGCCAGUUUGGUGUUGGGAUUUUCUUUUUAACACCAUGUUCCUGCUAGGUAAAGCCAGGCAGAGGAAUUUUUUUCAGGUUAUCAGAAAACAUGCCCCGCAGAGAGUUAUUCUUAGGUUAAACUUCAAAUUCUGCCCUCAAUAUGACCCAUACACCAGUGCUGCUGGCUCUAGACUCCUGCUUGAGGAAUCUGACACUUACUCUCUCUGGUACCACCACAUUUUCUCUAGAGCAGCUGGCUACAGCUUUCUGCAACAGCCCUUCCCCCUUGCAUCUAUAUGUGAAAUGGAGAGACAAAGCACUUUGCUCUCCAAAGCACUUUUGGAUACUCAGGAGGAAGAUAAGAUAAAUGUGUAAAGUAUUCCACUGUAGGAGCAAAGAACUUGUAAAAUAUAAAGUGACUUGGAAUUAUCUAUGUUGUAACUGAAAGAGCCACAGCACUUCUGAAUCAUUGUGGUUACUUCUUUGGCCCUAGAGUCUGGACUAUGGUAACUAGUUAAGGAAGUUAACAUUUUGAAAGGAUGUAUGUUAGACACAUUAAUUGAUCAGUAAAGUGCUCAUUCUUGUGCAAUAUGGACACCUUUACAAAUCAUACCAAGGGUCAGAUCAUUGUCCACUUAUCUAUGGAAUAUGUCAAUCAUAACAGGACAUCCACAAAUGCAUCAGUUAUACCAGGGAAGUAUUAUGAAGUCAGGGAACUAAUUUAAAUGACAGUCAUGACUGCACUGCUACUUAUGCUGUCAUUUUUUGUUUGUUUGUUUUUCUAUGAUAACUUAAAAUAUGAAGGUAGGGCUACUUAAGGAAAAUUGGGAGAGCCACAUCCUGUGGUUUCCCAUCAUACCUGCUUCCUAAAUUUAGAGGGAGUUUAUUUAAAAGAAAAAUAAAUGACAAUCAAGCCAAAACAUCAGUCAUCAAUGUCUAUUUAAUUGUCUGAAUAGCUGACUGCUGACGGCAGCAGACAAUGAAUGGUCUGGUGUAGUAGAGUUCACUGUGUAGAAUAUGUGUGCAAAAUGAAAUCCCAGCCAUUUAAAUGGAACUUUAAUGUAAAAACAAAUCAAUAUACAUUGUAGCAUUGAAUAAACUUCAAAACCCCAGUGCAUAAAACAUAUGGUAUAUAAAAAUAAAUCAUUGCUCCUAUUUGAAAUGGGAAUUUGAUGAUCUCUGAAAAGAAGAGGGCUCAAAAGCGUGCCAGCUGUGUACAUUAAUCAGCAAUAGGAUUAUAGUCAGGGUUUUUUAAGGUCAGAGAAAUAUGUCAUGAAUUUUACAUUUUAAGAAAGAAAUCUUAAUGUCUUCUAGCAUUGCACAAACACUGAUCCAGCUUCUGGGUAUAGAAAUAACUCUACACUGACAUCAUUGAUUAAUAUAAAUGUUUUAACCUUAAAAUGAGGGAAAGACUCCUGUUAAAGAUUUCAAGAGAAACUUCACAUUACAGCUAAUGUAGUGGCGCUGCCAUUCAUUCUUUUAUCUAUAAGAAAGUAAAUCUACUGUUUAAUCAGAUCUAUAAUGUUUAUUAGAUUCUGUUCAUGGACUUUCAAUGCUCAGAAUAAUGCUGGAACACCACACAAGAUUUCCUUGAAAAUAGUAGCAGUAUGCCAUGGGCUGUAUCUGUGCUUACACUGAAUAGGUUAUCCUCUCCCUCCUUCCAAGUUGUCUUAGCCCUCUAAUGACCUAAUAGGUUAGUUUGCUGGACUACGAUCCACUGUCCUGAGUCCAAUACAGACAGAGCCUUAGGCUAUCAUCUACUCCAUCAAAAGGAGGCAGAGAUCUGAAAUCAUUUUCUGAAUAAUUUAGGUGGAAAACCCUAAGUAAACAAAGAGGUUUUUCCUCUGCUUUAGUUAUCCAGAUUGUUUAUCAAAAUAACCUGAACAAUCUGAAUUCACAUUAAAUUCUUUUUACACAUUUACCUAUUUAAACAACUAAACUUGGACUUCAAUUGAGAAAUUCUUUAGAAAUCAUGUUGACUCUAUGUGUAAAAGAAGAAACAAAAUUUUAUAUUCAUCCAAACAUUCUAGGUUGAUAUUACAACCUGAAGUUCAGGCUAGUUCUUUUCUAUUUUAGUCUGAUGCUUAUUAAGAACAACUGUUGAUAAGGGGAAGAUGGAAGGAAGAAAAGGAAAGAAGGAAGGAAGGAAGGAAGGAAGGAAGGAAGGAAGGAAGGAAGGAAGGAAGGAAAUGCCAGGAAGGAAGGAAGGAAGGAAGGAAGGAAGGAAGGAAGGAAGGAAGGAAGGAAAUGCCAGAUAAGAAGAACCAGAUGAUUUCUUGUAGAGAGGAUUUGUUUUUUUAAGGUAGAAAGUUAUCUGAGACAAACAGAUGAAAUUAACUAAAUGAUUUAAUCGGGGAUUGAAAGUCUGAAACAGUUUGCUGCUUGCACAAGUGUGCCACAUCAAUCCACUAAUACCCCAGUAUUAUUCACAGAUGGGACUUUGGUUUCCAUGAUUUUAAAAUGCCACAUCUUUUCCUCUGUGGGCUAGAAUAAUUGGCACAUUUUAAUGCACAAGCUGGGAGUUUCAUUUUCCCAGGCUCUCUUCUCCAUCACUGCAUUGGUAGCUAGGAGCUUAUUGCUUCACCCCACUAUGGAGUUCAGAAUACAGUGUUUUCUAUUACAUUUACAUUCAUAGAAUCUGAAUAGCUGAUUAAAUGGCCAUCUGAUGGCUGAAAGAAGGAGGUAUUUUUCACCCUCUAGCAAAAGGCUUCCAGGAAUUGCUACUUUUUAUUUGAAUUAUACUUUAACCAAAGAAUUAUUUUAAAAUAACCUUAUAUUUAAAAGACGAUUUUGCAAAAAAUAAAAUAAAAAUAAAAAAUAAAAAAUAAUAUCUUCUGGAGUGAUAUCAGCUUGGUAAAUCACUGUCAAUAAUUUUCUUGCAUUUUAGGCUGAUGUGGUCAUUUUCCUGUCAGUAGUAUUUGGAAUGCAUAUUGAUUGUCCUCCAAUUGUGUUUAGUAUUACCAUAAUGUAUCUUUUCCACUCAAUUAGCUGCGUUUGUAUUUUUUUUUUUAAAGCCUCUUAUUUCAAUCACCUAGUGUCAUUGGGAACUAAUUGAAGAGCUACAGUGAGAGAAGUUCCUAUCUCAUUUCCUUUGUAGAAAGGCACUCCUGCGUUGUAAAAAAGGAGGCAUUCCUCAGUAACCUAGGCACUCUGCUGUGCCAGUGUUUAAUUUGAAAGCAGUGAUGAAUUGCUCUUUUGAAUUUACUCAAAGUAAUGAGUGUGUUAGAAUGCAGAUGAACCUCCUUUAAUUUUCACAGGCACAGUCACAACUGUACUGUGUCUGCACAAACAUCUCAGAUAAUGAGGCACAGGGUUAUUUGCAUUUAAAUUGUAGUCCUGUACACAUGUGAGAACUAAGAGGCACUAGCUGACUGCCUUGCCAGGAGGAACGAAACUGGCAGAGGAGGAUGGGUAAAGGUGAGAUUUAGCAGCUAUUUAGGUUAAUAUUCGCUUUAUAAAGGUAAUGGGGGAUGUUUUGUUAGGUGAUGGCAGAUGCUUUUCAUCUUUAAACAUAGAAUUAAAAUUGGAUUUGCUUCUCUUUACUAUUUCAACAUAUUGAAUUUUCCUAGGGAAGUAACUAGCUAUAACAAAAAGUCAAGGGAAAGGAAAAAAAUACCUCUAAAUACAGAAGAAAUAACAAUUUUUAAAUACAUAUAAUGUUAUGUUCAGUGUAUGUAGGUUUAAAAUUAUAAUGAUGAGUAGUCAAACUUAAUAUGCAAUCAGUUCUUACAAAUGUUUUACACAGUACCACUUAGCUGCCAUUACUCCCACAAAAUUGGAAUCUUGCAGCUGUUAAACUAUUAUUCUUGAAUUCUGUAUAGGAUACAUAUGUAUAAUGGGAAAUAUGUACUGGUUCUAUUUUUUUGAUUGCCACUCAAGAUAAGAACACCACCCAAAGCAUUUUAGUUAUGCAUAAACCAUUCUAAACCUACUGUUUUUGGAGGCAUAUUGGUUUCUUUCUCACUUGUAAGGCUAUUGUAUAAUUUUUCCUUUGUGAUUCAGGUGUAUUUAUUUGAAGAAAGAGGUCUGUAUAAAAAAGAAAACACACCUAAUUGUAUUGCCAAAUUCCUUGUAAACUACCUGUGGCUUUUGUGCUUUCCUGCCUGUGUGCUCUUUCUCUAGAUAUAGCUCUGGCACCAUUGUAAUUAGUUCAUUUCAUUCCAUGAGCAUCUCCAUUUAUUAAGUGGUUCAUCAAUGAUUUAAUAAAGAGGAACUGUGUCCUCAGUCAAUCCA